AUGGAGAAGGUGAAACAAGAUCAUUCCGAUAGUACUCCCGUGAAGGAGAAAUUCCAGUGCAAAAUCGAGGGAUGCAAGCAAAGCUUUACCACCGAGCUGCAUUGCAAUGUGCACACGAAAAAGCACGAUUUGAGCUUAAAUCUGGAGAUGCCCCUGAAAGGUCAGGGUGUCAUCUUUGCCGAUCAAACACCGACCCCAACACGGUUGAUUGGCAAAUGUGAGGAGGUUGGUUUGUUCGAAGAUCUACAGAAAGUGAACCCGUUUGAUGAGACGUUUCGCCGAGCGGUUGAAUCGGGUACGGGCAGCAGUACCCCUUCCCUAGCCGGUGAUCAAACUCCGCUGGACGGAACACAAACGGUGCGGUGCUGUCGAGCAGCCGAAGGAGAAACCCUACAUACGCCCCACAUAUUUCCCAGUGGGAUCGAUCGUUCGACACUGGAAACGGCUAGUAGCGAGAAUGCAGUAAUCAAGCAACGGGCAAAAAUUAGAGCAACCGGUGUAUCUUUACGAAGCAAACAGACAGUUUAUCAACAGGUAAAAGAUGCGCCUUCUACAACUUCUACAACUAUUAAAUCGAAUAAUGAGUCAAAAAGCUCUAAAAAGACAUUGGCUACCAAGCGUAAAGCGCCCGCUGUGGUGGAUAUAUUGCCGAAACCGUCCGCACAGCCAACAACGUACGCAGGCGAAUCGAUUCCACUCAUCAUCAUUCCGUCCGGCUCGUCGGACACUAAACAACCAGCGGAAGGAACGGUUCUGGUGAAGGAAAAGCUUAAGGAACAUCUAGCAAAAGUGCGAGAAUCAACCACAGCACAGGGACCGAAGGAAAGCUCAGCGGGUAAAAAGCGUUCCAAGAUGCACGUCGAGGCUAAAUCGGAUCCGCCGAGCAAACCAACGAAAUCGAUCGAUCUCACUAAACCAACUGACGAGCAGGCAAAUUUAAAGCACGAGCGAUGGAAAGCGGCCGCAAAACGCUACCGAGAGCGCGUCAAGAAAAGCCAGGAUCGGCAGCUACAGCGCAGUAUCGAGCUGGAAGAGGAAAAUCUUCGCCUCCGUACGGAGCUGGCAGAAUUGAAACACACACACCGCAACUGUUCCGUAACGCGCAGUGCCAGUUCCGUAAAGAUUGCAGUGGUGCAGGGUGCAGAUGGUACAUUAACGCAAGGAAUUACUACUUCUUCCACCGUAACACAGCAGGAAGUGAAUGCCGCACUGUUGAACUCUAUAGAACAACAGCAGCAACUUCAGCAGUCGGCUCCACUGUCUGUCCUACAGCAACGAUACAUUACAUCGCACAUCAUCGACGGUAACACGUUUAACCGUGUGCCGAUAAUCAUUGUGAUGGGAUCAACCGCCACAGCGGGUGUGGCGUCUACCGCCGUGAGUGGUAGUACAGGCCGUGCCUUAGAGGAGGGAACUGGGUAA